GUCGGGACCACCGGGCGGUGUGGAUGUUAUUUCGCGUAUCUCGCGUGUCAACAUCGCCGUCUUGCUCGCAUCGUACAUAUAUAUACGUGCGUAUGUGACACUUGACGGCCGCUGCUCGCGUAGAGACAUGCUGGAGAGACGCUGAGAGAAAUAUAUAUAUCUAUACACCUGUACAUCCUGUAUACACGCGCGACGCAUUCUCCGCGUACGUGAAUCCAUCGCGCCGAUCAUCGCGAUCGUCGUCGCGGGUGACUUUUAUUGUUACGCGUUCCGCGCGCGCUUCUUCACGCACGGUCGCGAUCGCAUUACCGGACCGUCAUCGUUCGUUCGCCGAGUUCUGCGACCGAUCGACCGGUCACUCGCUUGUCCGCCCGCGCCCGCCUGCCCGUCUGUCCGCUCACCCGUCGCGAGGAAGAGCUGCGGAUUCCAACACGGAGUACGGAAGCGCACCAGCGUGUCUGUCUCUCGCAUGUUCGAAGAUAUCCAGGACUGAGUGCCGUGUAACGUGUUAGAACAUUUUGCAUCGGGAGAACGAUUUCGAUUCAUCGACAGCGCGCGGAGCUGGGCGAGGAGUCACCGCGAUCGUCACGGCCACCACUUCCACCUCCACCGUCGCCGCAGCCGCCGUCGUCGACGUCGCCACCGCGAGGAAAUAUAUAACCAUGAAUAAUUCACUCGGCUAAAGCGGCCAGCUCGGGAGUAUCUCCGACUUCGAGGCAACGAAAGAGACUGAGGAUUACGGCAUCGAGAUGGGAGAGCUUCUAGGAUCCGCGAGUUUCCUUCACCUCGGCGACAUCGUCAGCCUCUACGCCGAGGGAAAUGUGUCCGGAUUCCUCUCCACGUUGGGGCUGGUCGACGACAGAUGUGUCGUAUGUCCUGAAGCUGGAGAUUUGUCAAAUCCACCAAAGAAAUUCAGAGAUUGCCUCUUCAAAAUAUGUCCUAUGAAUCGGUAUUCCGCCCAAAAGCAAUUCUGGAAAGCAGCGAAACAGAGUGCGAGUUCAGGCACAGAUGCUAUCUUGCUCAAAAGACUUCACCAUGCGGCUGAAAUCGAGAAAAAGCAAAAUGAGACUGAGAAUAAGAAGUUAUUGGGCACCGUCGUUUCUUACGGUAAUGUUAUACAGUUGCUGCACCUCAAGUCUAACAAAUACCUGACGGUGAACAAAAGGCUGCCGGCAUUGCUGGAGAAAAAUGCGAUGAGAGUUUACUUAGACGCGAAUGGAAAUGAGGGUUCAUGGCUUUACAUAAUGCCGUUUUACAAACUGCGAAGCGACGGCGACAGCGUUGUCGUUGGUGAUAAAGUUAUUUUGGAGCCGGUGAAUGCGGGUCGUCAGGGUCUUCACGUGGCCGCUAAUUAUGAGCUGAGCGACAAUCCUGGCUGCAAGGAAGUCAACGUUGUGAAUUCUUCCACUUCUUGGAAGAUAACUCUUUUCAUGGAGCACCGGGAAAACCAAGAAGAGAUUCUCAAAGGCGGCGACGUGGUGCGGCUGUUUCAUGCCGAACAAGAAAAAUUUCUGACCAUGGACGAGUACAAGAAAAAGCAACACGUGUUUCUCAGGACAACGGGCAGAACUAGUGCCACCGCGGCUACCAGCAGCAAGGCCUUGUGGGAAGUCGAGGUAGUGCAACACGAUCCGUGCAGAGGCGGUGCCGGCCAUUGGAACUCGAUUUUCCGAUUCAAGCACUUAGCGACUGGUCAAUAUCUCGCUGCUGAAGUUGACACGGAUGAACCACGAGAACUUGUAAAGGGCAAACGCGAUCCCCCUGGACAAGUCUUCAGAUUAGUAUCGGUACCGCACAGUGGUGAAAUUAGCUCAUUAUUCGAAUUAGAUCCCACAACUUUAACACGGGGCGAUAGUUUGGUUCCGCAAUCAUCUUUUGUUAGAUUACAUCAUAUAUGCACAAAUACUUGGGUCCAUUCAACAAGCGUACCAAUCGAUAAAGAUGACGAGAAGCCGGUGAUGUCGAAGGUGGGUUGCGCGACCAGUAAAGAGGAUAAAGAGGCCUUUGCCUUGAGAUCUGUGUCGCCGGUUGAAGUACGCGAUUUAGAUUUUGCAAAUGAUGCCUGUAAAGUAUUAACGGCGAUGAGCAGUAAGCUGGAAAAGGGCACGAUUUCGCACAAUGAGCGAAGAGCUGUUACUAGCUUGCUGCAGGAUAUUGUAUAUUUUAUAGCUGGAUUAGAGAACGAGCAGAAUAAAUCCGAGGCGUUAGAGUUAGUUGUCACGAACGCCGUGAGAGAUCGUCAGAAAUUAUUGCGCGAGCAGUACAUUCUUGGCCAGUUGUUCAAAAUAUUGCAGGCUCCGUUCUUGGAAUCUGCGGAAGGUGAGGGACCAUUUCUUAGAAUAGAGGAGCUUAACGACCCUAGACAUGCACCAUACAAGUACAUGUUUCGUCUGUGUUAUCGAAUACUCAGGCUCUCUCAACAAGAUUAUAGGAAAAAUCAGGAAUAUAUUGCUAAACAUUUUGCGUUUAUGCAAAAACAAAUUGGCUACGACAUUUUAGCGGAAGAUACCAUUACCGCGCUUUUACAUAAUAACAGAAAAUUGUUGGAAAAACAUAUAACAGCUGCUGAAAUAGAAACAUUUGUGGGUCUCGUUAGAAAAAAUAUGCGUAAUUGGCAAUCAAGAUUUUUAGAUUAUUUGUCGGAUCUGUGUAUCUCUAAUAAGAAAGCAAUCGCCGUAACGCAAGAAUUGAUUUGUAAAAGUGUACUUAGUGAAAAGAACAAAGAUAUUCUAAUAGGAACAAAGUGAGUAUAAUAAACAGCGUGAACAGUGUUAAUUUCUCUAAUAUAUUUUAUUUACAUUAGAAUAGUGAAGACCCAGGUAGAAGUCGAAGAUAUCGAUGAAAAGCAAGAAAAUGCUGAACCAAGGAUCACUAUUAUAGAAGAGUUUGAAGUUGUGUUGGAAUGGAAUAAUGGAGUUAAUUCAAUGUCUUUGAAUGAGUUAUCAAGAGGAGCUAAAAUGGGAAACAUUCAAGAUGCGGCAAUAUUAGAUUAUUACAGGCAUCAAUUAAACCUAUUUAGUAACAUGUGUCUGAAUAGACAGUAUUUAGCACUAAAUAACCUGUCAUCACAUUUGGACAUUGAUCUUAUACUUAAGUGUAUGGAAGAUGAAACAGUACCAUAUGAAUUACGCGCAUCAUUUUGCCGACUAAUGCUACAUCUUCACGUAGAUAGAGAUCCGCAAGAACAAGUAACUCCUGUAAAAUAUGCUCGUCUUUGGUCAGAAAUCCCAUCAAAAAUGACCAUAAAUGAUUACGAUACGAAUAAACUGCCGGACCAAAAUAAAGAGGCUGUUCGUACUAAAUUUAGUUCGACAAUCAUGUUUGUUGAAGAUUAUCUUUGUAAUGUCGUUGCCAAAAUGUGGUCUUUCGGGGAUCAAGAACAGAAUAAACUCACAUUCGAGGUUGUUAAAUUAGCACGUGAUUUAAUUUACUUUGGAUUCUACAGUUUUAACGAUCUGUUAAGUUUAACAAAGACGUUGCUUAGUAUUUUGGAUUGUGUGUCAGAAAAUGAUUCCACCGAUGGAAAAAUACCUACGGGUGAUAUUGAUUCUGAAGGAGGUAUCCUCAGAUGCAUCGGCGAUAUGGGUGCUGUGAUGACGAAUUUAACAUUAGGACCAGCCGGUCAAGUUAGUUCCUCUCCAAGACCAAAACCAUUAAUGAAAAAAGAAUAUCCCUUAGUGAUGGACACAAAGCUUAAGAUCAUCGAGAUUCUGCAAUUUAUUCUGGAUGUUCGAUUGGAUUAUAGAAUCUCUUGUCUUUUGAGCAUAUUUAAACGAGAAUUUGAUGAAACUGCAUCGACGGCUGCGGAAAAGACUGGAGAUGUAAAUCUAGGACAAAAGGCUAUUGAUUUAGAAUCAAUUGGCGCACAGGCAGAAGGAAUAUUUGGGAGCAGUGAGGAAUGCGCAGCAUUGGAUUUAGAUGGCCAAGGAGGUAGAACAUUCUUACGCGUUCUAUUACACCUAGCUAUGCACGAUUAUCCCCCACUAGUCUCUGGAGCUUUACAUUUAUUAUUUAGACAUUUUAGCCAAAGGCAAGAAGUUUUACAGGCAUUUAAACAGGUGCAGCUUUUAGUUUCGGAUAGCGACGUAGAAUCAUAUAAACAAAUAAAGGCAGAUUUAGACGUUUUGCGCCAGUCUGUCGAGAAAUCUGAGCUUUGGGUAUAUAAAUCCAAGGCGACAGAGGAACAUGGAAAUAAGAAGAAAAGUAAAGAAGAAGAAGAUGAAACCACAGUUCCUCGCAAAACACCUUUGUUAUCUACAUUAGAUAAACAAGGGUCUGCUAUUGAUUUGGAUAUUGGCCCACCGUUACAUCCUGAUCAAGCAGAAGAAUAUAAAAAGAUUCAGCAAAUAUUAAUGAGAAUGAAUAAACUGUGUAUUCAGAUUCUGCCAGGCGGUCAAGUGAAAGCACGUAAACACGAACAGAGACUUCUGCGCAAUGUUGGAGUACAUACCGUCGUUUUAGAUUUACUGCAAGUUCCAUACGAUGUCAAGGAAGAUGUUAGAAUGAAUGAAUUAAUGCGUUUAGCGCAUGAUUUUCUGCAAAACUUUUGUUUAUCUAAUCAACAAAAUCAGGUUCUUUUACACAAGCAGUUGGAUUUAUUUUUAAAUCCUGGCAUAAGAGAAGCGCAAACAGUAUGUAGCAUUUUUCAAGAUAAUUCUGUUCUUUGCAAUGAAGUCGGUGCGAAAGUCAUACAGCAUUUCGUACAUUGCAUAGAAACGCACGGAAAACAUGUUCAAUAUCUGAAAUUUUUGCAAACUAUAGUGAAAGCUGAGAAUCAAUUUAUUAGAAAAUGUCAAGAGAUGGUGAUGCAAGAGUUGGUUCAAGCGGGAGAAGAUGUUUUAAUAUUUUAUAAUGAUAGAGCUUCGUUUAAUCACUUUGUGGAAAUGAUGCGAUCUGAAAGACAUCGGAUGGAUGAGAGCAGUCCUCUUCAGUAUCAUGUAGAGUUGGUGAAACUUUUAGCUUGUUGUACGAUGGGAAAGAAUGUCAAUACUGAAAUUAAAUGUCAUAGUCUCUUGCCAUUAGAUGAUAUUGUGGCUAUAGUAUCACAUCCGGAUUGUAUACCAGAGGUGAAAGAAGCAUAUAUCAAUUUCCUCAAUCAUUGUUAUAUUGACACAGAAGUUGAAAUGAAAGAAAUUUAUACGUCAAAUCAUAUGUGGUCUUUGUUUGAAAAGUCUUUCAUUGUUGAUAUGGGUUUAAUUGCCACGUCCACUCAUGAUCGACAACAUGCGGAUAUAGCCUUGGAGACUUACGUGACGAGUUGUCUAAUGAACAUCAUAGCCACUUUUUUCAGCAGUCCGUUUUCCGAUCAAAGCACCACUGUACAGACAAGGCAACCUAUAUUUGUCCAGUUGCUUCAUGCAGCUUUUAAUGUAUCACAAUGUGCAUGGCUAAAUGCUGGACAAAGAUUUAACGUCGAGAAUUGUAUAAGAACAUUAUCAGAUGUAGCUAAAGGAAGGGGUAUUGCUAUACCUACUGAUCUGGAAAGUCAAGUUGCUAAUAUGUUCAACAAAGCAGCUAUGCUCAGCAGACAAACUAGCAAAUGGUUGCAGGCUGCUAAACAACCAAAGAUUGAACGUAGCCAGAGUCAGCUUAUGCGUCUCGAUCGAAGUAUUAUAGAGGGUCUACAGGACAUAGUGUGUCUCUUGGAAGAACAAUUGAAACCUUUAGUACAGUCCGAAUUAUCUUUGUUAGUGGAUAUCCUCUAUCGACCUGAAUUGCUAUUUCCUGCAGCAACUGAUGCCAGAAAAAGAUGCGAAAACGGUGGCUUUAUCAAAAGACUAAUCAAGCAUACUGAAAAAUUGUUAGAAGAAAAAGAAGAAAAAUUAUGCGUGAAAGUUUUAAGGACACUCAGGGAAAUGAUGGCUAUCGAUCCUGAAUACGGAGAAAAAGGAGAUGCAUUGAGAAAUAAUCUUUUGGCGCGUUAUUUCGGCAAAAGUUUUAUACAAAAUCCGGAGAAUGUUGAAAUUGGAGUAACCCGUAGCGCAACUAUCACCCAUGGUCCAGGAGCGAAAAUAUUAAGCCGAGCUGGUAGAACGUUGCAUGACGUGCAAACUCACCUCGACCGCGAAGGUGCUUCAGAUUUAGUGGUAGAAUUGGUGAUUAAGAGUGUACAUUCUCCGAGCAUAUUUGUAGAGGCCGUGGAACUAGGUAUUGCACUCUUGGAAGGUGGAAAUCCUAUUAUACAGAAGAGUAUGUUUAAUAAAUUAAUGGGUGGCGAUUUAAGUCAAUCAUUCUUCAAGGUGUUUUAUGAUAAAAUGAAAGAUUCUCAACAAGAGAUUAAAUCUACUGUGACAGUAAAUACAUCCGACAUGGCAGCGAAAGCACAUGAGGAUAAGGAGGGCAAAGAAAUAGACAAGUUGUCGCGGAAACGUGGAUCAGGAAAGCCUAAUGGUAUGGUAAUAACUGACGAGCUACACGAGGAAUUGAAUCAAGUCGCGGUGUCCAAUGCACAGACAUACGCCAAUAUGCGCAAUGGUUUUGCACCUGGCGAAGACAUGACAAAUAAUGUAUUAGAUGACUUAAGUGAAAAGUCAGAUAGAAACAAAAGUGGAAAUGCAUCUGGUUCUGAGAAGGAAGAAGGCCAAUUAAGUCCUAAAGUCUUAGUGAUGCAACCAAUUCUACGUUUCUUACAGUUACUCUGUGAGAAUCAUAACAGAGAAUUACAGAAUUUCCUAAGAAAUCAAAAUAAUAAAACGAAUUUCAACUUGGUAUCCGAAACUCUCAUGUUUUUAGACUGCAUAUGUGGUUCUACUACCGGUGGAUUAGGUCUUCUUGGUCUCUACAUUAACGAAUACAAUGUAGCAUUAAUUAAUCAAACUUUGGAGACGUUAACGGAAUAUUGUCAAGGACCGUGCCAUGAUAAUCAAAACUGUAUUGCCACACACGAAUCUAACGGCUUGGACAUUAUAACAGCAUUGAUAUUAAAUGAUAUCAAUCCUUUAGGAAAGUCUAGAAUGGAUCUGGUACUGGAAUUAAAAAAUAAUGCCAGUAAAUUAUUGUUAGCGAUUAUGGAAAGCAGAGGCGAUAGCGAAAAUGCCGAAAGGAUCAUGUAUAAUAUGAAUCCAAAACAGCUUGUAGAUGUGGCAUGUAAGGCUUUUCAUCAGGAAUCAUUGGACGACUCCAGCGAUAUCGACGAUUCUUCGACGAACGCAGAGGAAGGAGUAUCGCCCAAAGAAGUCGGGCACAAUAUUUAUAUCUUGUGCCAUCAAUUAGCGCAACACAACAAAGAGUUGGCAGUGAUGUUGAAGCCAUCAGAACAGAAUAAUGCUGAUCCAAAAAUUAACAAAGCAUUGGACUAUUACGCAUCUCAUACAGCUCAAAUAGAGAUUGUGAGACACGAUAGAACACUUGAACAAAUUGUUUUCCCGAUCCCGGAAAUUUGUGAACUUAUAACUGAGGACACAAAAAUAAGAGUGUUGAACACUACAGAACGAGAUGACCAAGGAUCGAAAGUUUCUGAUUUCUUUGAAAGAACGGAAGAUAUGUUUAAUGAAAUGAAGUGGCAAAAGAAACUUAGAGGACAACCAAUGUUAUUCUGGAUGAGCAGUUAUAUGUCGCUGUGGAGUAAUAUUUUAUUCAAUUGCGCCGUUCUUAUAAAUCUUAUUGUAGCGUUUUUCUAUCCGUUUGUGGAUUCUGUGCCUAAACUCAGUUAUCAUCUAUCAGCUUUAAUUUGGACGGUUAUGCUUGCGUCUGCUGCUAUCAUUAUCACUUUGCCAAGAGAAUCCGGUAUACGUACCUUUGUUGCGUCAACGAUAUUGAGAUUGAUUUUUUCCGUAGGUCCAGAACCGACGUUGUGGUUACUCGGUUUUGUUACGAUUACAUUAAAAGUUAUACAUCUUAUAAGUAUUAUAGGUAAUCAGGGUACUCUGACUAGAAGUGUAGAACAAAUAAUAACGAAUAUCGAACUUUUGUAUCACAUGUCGUAUUUAAUAUUCUGUGUUCUGGGAAUUUUUAUGCAUCCAUUUUUCUACUCAGUUUUACUUUUUGAUGUAGUUUAUCGUGAGGAGACUUUGCUCAAUGUAAUAAAAUCCGUAACUCGAAAUGGAAGAUCUAUCAUACUUACUGCUGUGUUAGCCUUGAUUUUAGUUUAUAUGUUUUCCAUUAUCGGUUUUAUGUUUUUCAAAGACGACUUCCUCGUUCCUGUGGAUGAUGAGAUUAUAUCUUCCAUUGAGCAAAGAGUUGUGAAUACUUGUAGUGCCGAUGACAAGGAAAAAUGUGAACCUACGGAAACUAUAUCACGUUACGUUAGUGGAGCAAAUGAACAAGAGCAUAAACCUGAAGUAAUUAAUGUUGGCGGAGAGUUAAAAGAACGAUCGUGUGAUUCACUCGUCAUGUGCAUUGUUACUACGUUAAAUCAAGGGUUGAGAAACGGUGGUGGAAUAGGAGACGUUUUACGAGCACCUGCUAGCGUUGAACCUUUAUUUGUUGCAAGAGUCGUGUAUGAUUUACUAUUCUUCUUCAUUGUGAUAAUUAUCGUUCUGAAUCUCAUCUUUGGUGUGAUUAUUGAUACUUUUGCGGAUCUUAGAUCGGAAAAGCAGCAAAAGGAAUUGAUUUUGAAAAAUACUUGCUUUAUUUGCGGUUUGAAUAGAUCAGCUUUUGACAACAAAACAGUUUCCUUUGAAGAACACAUAAAACAUGAGCAUAAUAUGUGGCAUUAUCUUUACUUCAUUGUCUUGGUGAAGGUGAAAGAUCCGACCGAAUUUACAGGUCCCGAAUCGUAUGUUUACGCAAUGGUCAAGGAUCGGAAUUUGGAAUGGUUCCCAAGAUUGCGGGCUAAAUCAUUAGCCGCGGAUGAAGGUGAAGGAGAACAAGUGGAACUAAGAAGUUUGCAGUCGCAAUUAGAAUCCACGCAGCUGUUAGUUAAAUGUCUGUCCCAGCAACUUACGGAGCUUCGUGAUCAAAUGACGGAGCAACGAAAGCAGAAGCAGCGGCUAGGCCUUCUGAAUUCUGCAUCUGCAAUUUUGCAUAAUGUACCCACGUAAAUUUAAGAUAUGUAUUUUAUAAUUUUCUUCUUAUCCUGGACGAAUCUCAGUUUGAUACUCCGAGACAGUGGAUACGUAAAGAUAUUCGUGUGUUCUUACUGGCAUUUAAGAAUACGAAUGUAUAUCGAAUAGGUGAUCCGAGGCAUUUUUACGGUUUUGUUCCUAAUUUUAAUGAAAGUAAAGUACAUUUAGGGCAUUAAGAUUAUCAUUCUUCCUUUACUAUAAAGGCUCUCGACUCAAUUUAUCGAUCAGUCAUCAAGGAAUCCGAAUACCGUAAAUUGCAUUGUUUAUUAAUGUAUGAAUAUUGUUUAUAUAGAAAAAUAAGCGUAUCCAUUGAUAUAUUAGAAUAAGUAAAUUACUUAAAACUUCCAAUUACUAAACUGUUGUAAGGUAAUAUUCUAAUGUCUUUUAGAAUAUUCUUGUUUUUAUAUGUGAUCACUCUAUCUUUUAGUUUUGCCAUUAAUAUUUAUACAUAUCCAAAUGGAUACAUUACAUAUUAUUAUAUCAGCAUUUUAUAACAGUUAUAAAGUUUUAUAUUUUUUUCGCGUUAUCAAAGCCAUGGUUGUGUUAUACGAAUUUUCUUUUCGUAGACAAUAAAGAUUUUUUUUAAUC